AUGGCAGCCGGCGCUUUGGAGCGCAGCCGCCGAGCGCGCCUGGGCAGCCGCUUCGGUGCCAGGGCGGUCGCGAAGCGGAAGGCCAGCGGGUCCCCGCGGCGCUGUGCCCCUGCUCCGCGAGGGCGGGCGGGCGGGCGGGGCCGGGGGCGGGGGCGCGCAGCGCCCGGGGCGGCGUGCCCGCGGGGGCGCGCACGCGGGGCUGCGGGGCGAGGCGCGGGGCGGCGAAUCCUCUGCUCUCGUCUCCCGCCCAGACCCGAGCGCGCUGGUCCGGGGUUGGGGGGGAGCCCGGGAGGGGCGGCGCCCUGUCCUCACCCGCAGCGGGCACUGCGGGGGCCGCAGGCGCGUCGUCGGUAUUCCGGACGCGUCCGCAGCCCUGACCUCCCCGCGGAGCAGGGGUGCCCUGGUGUGCGGGCACGGCCGCCACCCCCGGGCGAUCUCCUCGGGCUGAGGUGCCCGCAGGCGCAUGCUUCCUCCGUCCCCUCCUCCCCGGGUCCCCCGUACCCCCUCCCCCGCCCCGAUCCGGCGGCGAAGGGGUGGGCAGGGAAACGCGCUCUCUGGGACAGGUGCCAACUCCGAGACAAAAGACAUAAAAUAGGCGGCAACGGGGGAAGCGCGGCCGGCGCGCUCGGGCGGGGACGGCGGCACCGCGGGGGCCACAUCCUCGGUGCGGACCCGGGAAAGUUUGGGAAGUCGCCGCGGCCGCUUCGCAGCGGCGGGGGACGCACGGCCAGGGCCGCCCUCCGCGCCGCGCUCGCCCUCUCCGCGCCGCUGCUGAAUAAUUCAUGGCGCGGCCGCCGGCCAUUAGCAUGCACCGGGCGCGCGGCGCGUCUGUGCCAAGCCGCCGCCGCAUUCGGCGUCCGGGCAGCGCCAGACGAGCGGCCGCGCGGCGACCGGGCCCGCGCUGUCCCCGCGCCGGCCCCGCGGCGCCCAUUGUGCCGGGGCGGGCAGCACGGGCUGGUCCUUCCCGAGUCCGCCGCGGCCCGCGCCUGCCCGACGGCCAGGCUCUGCGAGUCCGGGUCCGCUGCACCCGCCGGGCCGCCCCGGGAUGCACGUGAACUUGGGGAAAGUCGCAGGGCGCGCCGGCCGGGCCCUCCGCGGCAGGGCGUGGGCGCACCCGGGCCGGCGCGCUUUCGUUUUCGUCUAGGACAAAGGUCCCCGGCGGCGGCGCCGGUCGCGGACGCGGUGACCCGGUCGUGCGGGCAACUCUUCGCGCAGCCGCUCGCUGAAUACAGGGACGCCGGAGGGAAGGAGCGGCGCGGGGCCUGGCUGUGCGUUUGCCGCCGGGCUGUCCCACCCUCAGGAGUUGCGGGAAUCGCACCGCUCUGUCGGAGCUUUCGGCGCGGGAACCAGGCAAGCGUUGCGAACCCGGGACUCUCGGCCCGUGACCGAGGGCCUCUGCGGCCGUGGGCACGUUAGCCCUGCGCUGGCUACGGCCAGGCGCGGUCAUCCGGCAAGGGCAGGACUGUCGACCUGUGCGCCGCGGGCACGAUCGGUUCACGGCGACUCCGGAGGAUGAACGUGGCCUAUCCCCGAGAACCACCCAGGAAGUCAGGAGCACCCAGGAAGAAGGACCGUUGAAGACCAUCCAGCACCAUGGCCCAGGUCUCGCCCCCCCACCCCCUCCCCGGCGGCUCCAGGCGAAGCCCGCGGCUGGAGGCCCCCGCUCAGGUUCUCUCUGGCCUCCCCAUCGGACCAGACGUGGCCGGAAGGAUCCAUGGUCAGUGCAGAGCAUCAAGGUGGACGCCCUGUCUCCUUCCCACCCUGAGGACGCACUGUCCCGCACCUGUCCAUCCUGCAGGCUUGCCCAGCCUUGGGGGCCCUGGGGACAGGAGGUGCUGAGGUGGCCCCCUCUCUCUGCCCUUCCACUGCUCAGCACUCUAGUGUGACCCUGGAACUCCCCAGCCACCUCUCCUGACUUGAGGACCAACCGGAGAUGCCACACAGGUGAGUCUAACUUGGAAUGGGAAGAAAGGCCAGUGAGGGAAACUGAGUCACGUCUGCUGCUUCCCGACUGGGCUGGGGUCCAAGGGAGAGGACUUGAGCCAGGGUGUCUGUCUGUGUCCCCACUCUCUCACAGGCAUGCUGGCCCUGGGGAGGACAGGCAAGGACAGAGCAGGUGUGAGGUGGCACCGUGUGUCCAGCUCUGCUUGCUCGUUAAGAGCAGCCCACCUGGCACCAGGCCACACCCAUAAUCCCAGCUCCUCAGGCGGCUGGGGUGCAGCUCGGCAGAGCUCUCCCAGGUUCCGUCCCCAGUACUGCAGAAAAAUAAAAUAAAAAAAUAAGGCCUGGAAAAUGACCAGACCCCGGGCUAGCUGCCGCAUCAACCCCGCCUCUCAGUAAGAAAAUCAACCCCACCUGCCCAGGCUCACGUGGCCCUGCGGCAGCCGGUUCUCCCCGGCUCCCCUGCCUGUAGUCCUGCCGAGAACCAUCCUGAGGCAGGACUGGGGCUUAGCAGCCCAGAGAGGACCCAGGGCAAGGCGGGCCCUGCCACCUCCCCAAGCCCCUUCCCUGGGGUCCAGAUGGAGGCAGUUGACAGGACCUCUAGUCCCUCACGGACGUUCAAGUGGGGCCUGGGCUGGGAGCCAGUGUCCUCCCUGUGACCAGGCUGACCACAGCCGGUUACCCUGGCUGUGGGCUGGGCAGUGCCAAGAUGCCCCCCAACUUCCUGCAUAGACUGCUCACCCUUGGACCACUUGGUCACUCUCCCCCCACCCCACCCCUGGGGGAAGGCUCAGGGACAUCAUGGUCCAGUCUGCCCGUCCAGGGGUGGAAGCUUGCGGCAGAGCCCACCUACACUUCCUUCUGCCUUGAGGAUCACGGUGUCUGCCCCCACGGGCUGGAUGCCACCUGCCCCGGCCUCCUGGCUGCAGCCCCCAGCUCUGAGUAGAGUGCUGGACCUGAGCCCUGGUGUCGUUCAUGUGGCUGCGGAUCUGGGACUUGUUCUUGUGCCCUCCAGGGGAGGGGUAGUGUCAGGUGCCCAAGGCCUGCCCAGAGAGCAGGCUUCCGUGCUCCCUGGGACUGACCAGAGCAGUGGCUGAGGCCACGCCUGGAGCCUGAGAGCAAGCAGCCUGCCUUCCACGGAGAGCCCGUCCACCUGGGGCCGGAGAGUCCAACACUGAGCCUGUUUCCUCAUGUGAAGUGGGUUGGGGUCCAGCCUCGCCAGGGCUGGGAGGAUGGGGUGGCAUAACCUGGUGCCUGCCUGGAGGAGGCAGCCUGUCAGGAGGGACCCAGAAGGGGUCUGAAGCAGUUUUCAAGUCCACGUGGACAUCAGAGAGCUCAGAGCCAUGGCACCACCUUCCUAGGCAGGAAGCAGAAUAUUCCAGCAGCUCUGCCACCAUGAGCUGUGUGAGGUCACACGACCUCCAGGCCUCAGCUUCCUCACCUGUGAGAAGGGGAUCAGAAGUACUUCCUCCAUUAGCCUCCCCACCAGGGUCCCUGGGGAAGGUAGUGGCCACACUGGUGGCUGUGGUCAGUGAUGCACAAGGCCGUCUCUGCAAGCCCUGGGUAAGGCGAAGGGGCCCCUCCCUGUCCAGGGGAGGGUGCCGAGCCGGGGCACUGCCCCAGCUGAGGCCCUGGCUCUCAAGCACUGUUGGUGACGGCCUGAGGCAGGCCAAGGCCACGUGUGGCCAGGUGGACCCGUGGGGCACCUCAGAUACUUGGCCUUUGGCAAACGACACCUUCCUCCCAGUGUCUCCAAGGCAAGAGGAAUUCCUGGGGACAUGUGGCCACUCCCGUCGAAGGCAGUGAUCCAGCUGCCUGUGACAAAAAGCCUCAGGCGUCCCCCUCUGCGCUCCCCUGUCCCUCUGCUUGGUGGUCUCCUGCAGCCUCCUGUGCCUGGUGAUGCUGGCCACCCGACAAGAGGCCGCUCGGGAGCUCGGAGUCCCGGGCCCCCGCUGGAACCUGUGCCCUCGGCAGCGGGCCCUGACCUCCUCCCCAGCUCUCUUCCCCGCAGGAGGUGCCCCUGGAAACCGAAGUGCGACUCGGCGCCAAGACUGGCCGCCCUUUGGGGUGAGGUAGUAGGUUGUAUAGUUUGGGGCUCUGCCCUGCUGUGGGUUAACUAUACAAUCUACUGUCUUUCCUGAAGUGGCUGUGAUCUCUGCGAUGGACGGACGCCGGCCCGGCGGGAGGGCCGCGGGGCGUGGGGCAGUGGCUGCCAGGCAGCGGGAGCUGGCGGCCUGGGUCUCUGUGCAUGACCUUGGAUGGGUCCCUCAGCCCAUUCCCUGUCUCUGUUUCCUCAUCCAUGAAAUGGGGCAAAUGAGGAUUGGAGGAGCUGCAGUGUGACCUGCCCAGGGCAGAGGGGCUCAGCUGACGCUGCCCCGGCUCCUUGUCACACUGGGAGCCAUUGGUCCAGCCUCCCUCUCCAGCCCCACAUCAGGCCCAGGCUCAGGCCUCCCCACACAGGGUCCAGACUGCACCUGACUCCACCAUCACCAGCAGGGCACCAGCGAAGGUAGCCAUGGGCUGGCAGCUCAGACUUGGCAGGGGUCGUGGGCGGUGAGCAUCAGCCUUGCCCGCCACCCCUUGCCUGGCGUGGGGCAGUCCGUCCAGCUCAGUGUCAGGCCUCCCCUGGGCAGCGGAAGGGAGGUCAAGUAGGGAUUGGGUGGAGCGUUCUCGGAGCACACCCCAGUGCCCACAGGCACGGCCUGAAGGUAGAUAGGGGGACGAAGGCCGGAGGCUGGAGCCCCCUCCCUGACGAGGCACCUGUGUCCACGUUCCCUCCUGCCCUGCGCCUGCCCGGCCCUCCAGCUCUGGUGGCCAUGCGUCACUGGGCAGGGCAGGGCUGGGCGUGGGGUGGUGAGGCGGGCAGGCCUCCUGCGGUGAGCUGGGGCGCCGGCGGGGUGAGGUAGUAGGUUGUGUGGUUUCAGGGCAGUGAUGUCGCCCCUCGGAAGAUAACUAUACAACCUACUGCCUUCCCUGAGGAGCCCAGAGGCACGUCCCCGCAGGAGGGCCACCCAGCUCGCGGGCCACACGGUGGGGGCAGCCUGAGCCACGGGCAGGUGGGGGCCACACAGGGGCCCAGAUGUCAAUAAAAGCUGU